ACCUCCCAGUAUGCGCAUAAACUAAAUAUUUAUUUCCAGAUCCAAUCACAAAUAACAGCUCGCAAGCAAUAAGGUCAUUAAGUGGAAUUAAUCAUCUGUUAAUUAAUUAAUUAAUGAUAGUACCCUUCUCCUCGUAUAUAUAAACCUCCAAGUGAUUUGGGUGUCAUGAGAAAAACAAAACCCACAAAAAGAUAAGAGUUGACAUUUUGACAGUGUAAGUAAGUAGAGUGAAUUCAGCGUGGAAGAAGAAGAAAUGACGAUAGGGAUCAGCAGCAUCACCGGAGUUUGCUCCAGGUUGGUGGGAGACAUCCUGCAGAACAUGGUAGCCUCCAGCCGCCGCCACAACGAGGAACAGAAGGAUGCUCCAGGGGAGCAGAAGCAGACCAGGACAGGACAUGAUCACGAGGAAGACGAGGUGAUGAUGAGGGCGUUGACAGCGGUGUUUGGGAUGGCCAACAAUGGCAAGAUCGACAAGGUCAAGGCUCGUGAGGUGGUCGAGAACCUUGGCCUCGUUGCAGGGGAGGAAGAAGAAGGAGAAGGAGAUGAAGAAGGAGGAGAGGUUGGAGUGGAGGAAGUGCUAAGCGAUGUGUAUUGUUCGUCGUUGCUGAGAGAUGCGUUCAGGAUAUUCGACCAGGAUGGCAAUGGGUACAUCGAGCCAGACGAGCUGAAGCGAGUCCUCCAUUGCUUGGGUCUGGAUCGAGGCAGCAGCUGGGAUCUCUCUGACUUCAACGCCAUGCUCAAGUGUGUGGAUUUGAACUCAGAUGGUAAGGUUGAUUUCAAUGAGUUUCAGCUCAUGAUGAUGGUGCCCUCCUCGUCAUGAACACCCCAUUAGAAUCGGGCUACGAUCCUAACCUCGAAGGGCGUUAGGACCAUAGUCAGGUUUUGUACCAUUCGUUCAUUUGUUCGUUGUUGUAAUGUCUUGCUACUCGAAUUUAUGUUGACUUUAAUUAGUUUUGAUUUCGUUCUACUCGAUUUGUAAGACUAAUAAUGAUGAUGAUACCUUUAAGUUCUACAUUUCUACUCAUGUCCCCAAAUUGUAUAAUUCCUUUUGCAAUAAUAAGUCCAUCGUCCU